AAUGCCAUCCUGCUGUGCCAGCCCCUCACAUCAGUUAACACCACCAUGCUGGGUUGUGCUCUGGACCCUGGGCUGUAUUAUGGGCAGAUGGGUGGGUAUCAGUCUUCUAACCUGUGUCUCUGUUUUCCCCCCAGCUGGGAACCACGAGAUUUGAGGUGAGAAUUGAGGCUGUCAGACCUGUCAGCAGAAUGUGUCCUCCUUCUGCGUGCGACCUUGAGGCCACCGAGAUGAAUGCCACGGCCUGGCCCUUGCGAGCACCCAUGUCUCACUAGCCAGGAGUCCGCCAGGCGCCAUGGUGUUCUAGCCCCAAAGAGCCACCCGUGACCUCAGGUCUCCACAGACCCGGGAUUUGUACAGCAGCAGAGUCACCGUGGAGAGGCCAGGGUACCACAAACUUAUGGAUUUUGACAAGAAAGGAGGGAAAGGGGAGUCAGAGGAGGGCCGGAGAAUGUCCAAGGCCGGCGGCCGGACCAGCCACAGCGUCCGGAGCACGGGGACCAGUUCGGGGGUCCUGAUGGUGGGCCCCAACUUCCGGGUCGGGAAGAAGAUAGGCUGUGGCAACUUCGGGGAGCUCCGGCUAGGAAAGAAUCUCUAUACAAAUGAAUAUGUAGCUAUCAAAUUGGAGCCCAUCAAGUCCCGGGCACCGCAGCUGCACCUGGAGUACCGCUUCUACAAGCAGCUCAGCACUGCAGAGGGUGUCCCUCAGGUCUACUACUUUGGCCCGUGCGGGAAGUACAACGCCAUGGUGCUGGAGCUGCUCGGGCCCAGCCUGGAGGACCUAUUCGAUCUGUGCGACCGCACAUUCACGCUCAAGACUGUGCUCAUGAUCGCCAUCCAGCUGAUCACCCGCAUGGAGUAUGUGCACACCAAGAGCCUCAUCUAUCGUGAUGUGAAGCCUGAGAAUUUCCUAGUGGGGCGGCCGGGCAGCAAGCGGCAGCACGCCAUACACAUCAUCGACUUUGGCCUGGCCAAGGAGUACAUCGACCCCGAGACCAAGAAGCACAUCCCCUACCGUGAGCACAAAAGCCUGACGGGCACAGCGCGCUACAUGAGCAUCAACACGCACCUGGGCAAAGAGCAGAGCCGCCGUGAUGAUCUGGAGGCGCUGGGCCACAUGUUCAUGUACUUUCUACGCGGCAGCCUGCCCUGGCAGGGCCUCAAGGCGGACACGCUCAAGGAGCGCUACCAGAAAAUUGGGGACACCAAGCGGGCCACGCCCAUUGAGGUGCUCUGCGAGAGCCACCCAGAGGAGAUGGCCACAUACCUGCGCUACGUGCGGCGCCUGGACUUCUUUGAGAAGCCCGACUACGAUUACCUGCGCAAGCUCUUCACAGACCUCUUCGACCGCAGCGGCUUCGUGUUCGACUAUGAGUACGACUGGGCGGGGAAGCCCCUGCCAACGCCCAUCGGCACAGUCCACACCGACCUGCCUGCGCAAACUCAGCCUAGGGACAAAGGCCAGCUAUACAGCAAAAACCAGGCACUGAACUCCACCAAUGGAGAGCUGAAUGCUGACGACCCCACUGCCGGUUACUCCAACGCCCCCAUCACAGCACCUGCAGAGGUAGAGGUGGCGGAUGACACCAAGUGCUGCUGUUUCUUCAAGAGGAGAAAGAGGAAAUCGCUACAGAGACACAAGUGACCCUGGAGGUGGUUCCGCACACCCUCCCACUGCAGUUCCUGGGGGAGCUUGUCCAGGUGGCCCACAGCCAAGACAUAGACUGUGGCCCGGAGCUGCUCGCCCCCACAUGGGUUACUUUCUUCACAUAAGACUUUGGCCGAAAUUUCUACACCUGUGUCUAGUCCUCCCUUCCAAGAGCAUUAACUAUUUAAAACAAGGAAAAGAAAACACGGCGGCCACCUGCCCUGCACCCCUCCUGCCAUGUCUGCUGAAAUGAUAAUCCUCGGGACCUGCAGGCAAGAAGACAAUACAGUUUACCAAGGCAAGAGAAUUUGUCAUCAGACUUUUCAAAACACACAUGAAGCAAGGUGACUGGAUUUUAAAGACAUUCCUGAUGAGAACUGAGUUGUCAGCAUUGUUCCCUUUAAAGUAAGGUACCCUUUUGUCUGGCUGCUUUUAAGAAUUUGUUCUUUAUGUUUGUUAUUUGACGAUGAUACGUGGUUUUCUCUGUAUAUAUCCUGCUGGACAUUGGUGAGCUUCUUAGAUCUUUGGGUUAAUAUCGUUCAUCAGUUUUGGAAAUUUUCCUGCCUUUAUCUCUUCUAAUAUAUGUAUAUUUUUGCCCAUUUAUGCUCCCCCCCCCCCAAUACUUCAGUUACCUAUAUGUAGGACUAUCCUACGUGAUCCCACAGGUCUUUGAUAACUCUGUUUUGUUCUUUUUUUUCUUUUGGAUUUUUACUUUCUUUGGACGUACAGAGAGUCACCAACUUAAUGGUUCAGCGUAACAAUUUUUCAAUUUUACGGUGGUGCAAAAGCAAUACUCAUUCGGAACUUUGAACUUUGA